GUGUUCGUCCUUUGGAGCAAGACAUUGAAAUAAUUUAGCAUAAAGCUAUUUCAGAUGUUUGGCGUGGACAAAAUAGUGAAGCGAUCUGCAGGAAGACGGCGAGGAAAUGCAGAUUUAGAGGGUCUCGAUUUCCUCAAAGACACGGCAGAAGAUAACGAAAAAGGGAAAACUGGGGGCGCUAGUGCCUCAAACGAUAUUAAGAGUUCAAAUUCAGGAAAGAAAGGAGUUCAAAGUCAAAUCGAGCACUCAGGGAAGAAAGGAGGCUGGGGUUCGGAAGAGCAGGAGGACCAGACGAUUGUGGAUCGGAGACUGCAGAGGAGCAGCAUAGACAUGAAGGGAGGAGGAAGUCAUAUGGAAGAAGAGGACGAGGAAGACGAUGACAUACCAGUGAUUCCCACUCUUGAGGACAUGCAAGAAAAAGAAUUCUCCAAUAAAAUCUCAGCUGCGCCAACAGCCUCAGUUCAAAUUGCGAGUAUGAACGAAUUAGAAAACGCACUUCAAAAGCAUUCUGCAAUAUACACACUGGAUAAUGAAAUAGACUUGAAGACUCUGGCUCGACUGGCUCUCAGUCCGGAGGCGGAGGUGGUCGAGGAUGAUCGGAAAUGGGACUGGAAUAUUCUGUUCACGCAAGUGACGUCAGAAUUGAGAGCUGAUAUGGAAAAGACAAGUGGUAAUGCGCAGACAGACCCCAAAAAAGACGCGGCUCUUGCGGAUCUACUAUAGCCUUGCAAUAUUCAGCACGCUAGUACGAAAGGUCAGAUCAAAGAUGUCUGCGUGACUUGCCAUAACGAACGACCACCACCCAACCCAUAAACUCGUAUAGGGUGUGAAGUUUCGGCACAAGGUUGUUCAUAAAA